GAGCCAAGGGCCCUUCAGUAAAAUUACUCUCCCCCCUCUCUCUUUCUCUCUCUCCUCCUUCCUCUUUCUCAAGCCCUCUCACACACAAACACCAAAACACGUACUAGGUUUCUCUAUCUGACGGCAAAAAAUGGGGACAUCUUCUAGAAAAUCAAAUGCACCCGUCAUGCCGUUGACAUCCACCUUCCACCGUUCAAGUUCUCCGUCCGGCCGAUUUGGUGUCCAUUCAUCGGCGUUCGCUGCUGAGGUGUCGUCGCCUUUUGCAUCAUCAACGAGUUCCAGCUUUUAUUCGUCUCCGUCUCCGAGCCAUGUUUACGGUCGUCCGUCUUCGCCGACGCGCGUGAACCUCCACGGAUUGGCUCCGGUGACGUCAUCAUCGGUGAGGUUCUCGUUGGCGAGCAGAUCGGGAUCUCCGAACCGGUCGAUGGCGAUGUCUUCUCGAGAUCAGGUCGUGCGGAAGCAGAACGCCGGGAAUCCGCUCAAGAAUUUGCCGAAGAAGACGUGUAUGUGUUCGCCUACGACGCAUCCAGGAUCGUUCCGGUGUAGUCUGCACAAGAACUACAACACUAGCCACGGGAUGACCUACUCUCCGAAUAGGUUGAACGCUCGUAGAUCUGCGAUGACGAACUCGCUAGUGCGAAUCGGUACCGUCGAAGGUGGAGAUCUGGUCAAGAGAGCUCUAGCGGCCUUGAUCCGACCGUCAUCGCAUCAGCAGAGGAGGAGAUCGGCGUUUGAGCCGAGACCAAGCCGUCUAUCAAUAAUGUCCAAGGCCGACGACUUAUGAUUUUCUUCAAAAAAUCCUCUGGUUGUACGGUUACAGCAUCAGAUUCCGUGUACGUCCCGUUAUGUUCCGUGCCGUGCAUCAGAAUCCGUGUUAUGUUCCGUUAAGUGCAGUGACGUUCCGUUACCCAUCACCGUUUACCGUCCUGUUCGCCGUUAUUUUUGAGGAACAGGCCGCAGGGUAUCAUGGCUCGUCUGGUGGCAUAUGCCUUUCGUGUAAGGUAAUUUGUACUUUUUAUUAAUUUUCAAUUUAAUUUAAUUUAGUUUAUCAUGAUGCGGUAAUCGUUUAAUGGUUCACGCAACAGGAAUGAGGGGUAUGGAUGCGAUUUAAAGUUUUUGACCCUUGACGCUGGAAAUGUGGAAAAAAUGAACUGCCUUUGCCUUUCUGGAGAAGUUAAAACAGUUGGGGACUGUGGGAUCCUUCACACGCUAAAGACACCUAAUACCUAACUGGAAAGAGGGCUUGGGUUGGGUAUACUCAUAAUGGCCUUUCAUAAAUAAAGAGGAAUUUGUUUUCAUACACACAUAAUAAUGCAAUUAUAAAAAAAUAAUAUAUAAAUAAUUUAUGCUGAAAAUUAAUUUUGAUAAUUAACUAUUAUAAUUAACAUUUUAGAUGGGAAUUGUUAUAGCCGGUUAAAUUGACUGGUCGUUUACCAAAUACUUACCGAUAUUAUGUACCUUCCUGAUUGAACGUGAAAAGAACUGAGAAUCUUAUUCGGUAAAAAACAUAGAUAGAUCGAGAGUCUUACCCGAUAAAUAAGAAGAAAAACUCUUACUUGGUUAGCUUCUACCAGGUUUAAAACAAUUACCAACAAUCUAUUUUGAUGUACGAGAAUAUUACAUGAUAAACAUUACCCGGCUACCCGCUAAGCGUUUAGUAAAGGACCUCAUUGAGUUAUUGAAACUAUAUCCAAUGAAUAAAAACUAAAAAAAUCCAAAUGGCAAAAUGGACAACACCUAGCCGGUAAAGCACAUAGUAUCGAAAACUACAUUCGUUUAUAUCUACAAAAUACUUGUCACGCUUCAUGUGUUAUCUCUCUUUCAUUAUGUACACUUUGUUCUUUUUAGCUAUCUCCUUACGCAUUUUCUUAAGCCCGACAACCUUUACGAAAACAAUUGUUCUAUCUUUUAAGAUAGAUUUUGUAAUAUGCCUACAAAUCUCUAUUUUCGACCCAAUUUUCGAGUGCACUAUAUUAAAUUUGUUGUUUUAGUUUCAAUAGUAUUUAACAUAUCAAUCCCAUACGCUAUGGUCGUUCCGAGUCAUUAUGAUAAUAUUCAACUCUAACAUUGAAAUUGUUGAUCUCAUAAUUAUUCCCUUGUUCAUUCGUAGUUGUAUCCUCCUUUUUGAGACACAUAGCUACCUUUUUUCCAUUUCAAAUAUCCUCAUAUUUCUUAGGUUACUUGCCUCACCUUAAAAUUAAUGUACCUUUCUCAUUAAUCAUACAAAGCCUUUUGGAGAAGAGUGGGCAUGAGUAACUUUAUUGUAAGAUCCUGUUGAUCCGCCUAGGGAGAAACUCAAAGCCUUAACAAGGAGAUUAAAACUACUCAUGCUCAUCAUCUGAUACCACUUCUUGAAGAUGGUGUGGGAAAUUUACGAUUAGUCCUUGUUCAACCAUUGAAUUACCUUACACAAUGUAGCAUCCCUAGUUUUGGAUGGAGGGAGUACAAUGUUGGUGAUUUUAGUAUCAUCAAUCAUUUUAGUGUGAUUGUGAAUUUACUCGAGAUUGAGUGAUGAUAAGGCAAAUAUCAGUGAAUUAGGAGGGCACAUUUACAAAUGUUGCCUCUUACACCUUAAAUCACUAUAAGGUGGGGGCGUCCCUAGCUGGGUCCAAAUGCUAGAACCUCUGGCGGUUUUAAGGAGGGGUUUACUUAGCAAAUUUAAGUUUCAAAACGAUCUAGUUGAAAUUCAAAAGGUUGGAAGCCCUUGUAACACCCAUAAUUUUCUCGGAAAUGGUCGAGUAACGACCGGGGAAAUGGUCAGGGAACGGCUGUGUAUGUCCUGAUCUUUGUCCCGGUUGAAGAAAGUGUGAACCGAGUGAGUGAAGGAAAAACCAAAUAUGGAGUAGGGAUAUAGUGCCAUGUGGUUGCGACAUCUAUCAUAAUAGUUCUGCUGGUAUUGAAAGUCUGGUUGUCUCGGUUAAAGUGUCAUUCAGUUGUGACAUUUGUCAUAAUGACAUCAAUGGUACUGAGAGUAAGGUCGUCCCAGUUUAUAGUGCCAUGCAGUUGUGACAUCUAUCAUGAUGGCACCAUGAUACUGAGUGUUUGGUCGUUCCGACGAUUGUGCCAAGCAAUUGUGACAAUUGCACGAUAGUGGGCACAAUAUCAUCAGAUGUACUGAGAGAUGGUGCAUUUGGGCGAUUGUGACAUGUGAUUAUGACAAUGGCACGAUGGUGGGCACAAUAACAACAUAUGACGCGAUUGUGCCAUGCGAUUAUGCCAUUGUCACAAUCGUCGAGCAAAAUAGCAUGAGAUAUACCUAGAGGUGGUGCAUUUAGACAAUUGUGUCAUGCGGUUAUGAUAAUGUCACAAUCGCGGGGCACAAUAGACAUCGGGUUCUAAGUAUAAAAAGUAGUUUUAGAGUUAGGGUUUGUUAUUUUUCUCCACCUUCUCCAUUUUGGGCGAUUUUGGAGCCCUAAAGUCUGAUUUCUAGAGGCUUUCUAGAGCAAGUGGAAGGUUUUUAUGAUCUAUGGUGGAUGGUUUCAAAAAUUCUUAAAGAGGUAAGCUUUUUAGGUAUUCUAAGAUCUAUUUUGUUGGAAUUUUUUUGUGUUUGAAUCUUGGGUUAACUCUUGGUAUCUUCUGACUUGGAUGGCGAUCUUAAGAUGUUUUCUUGGAGAGUUUUGUUUGUGGAACUUAAACCUUCACCAAUGGAAGCUAGAGGUUG